AAGCGAAAUCAAGCUGCUCACGCGAGAAUUUAACGUUUUUUUUUCUGCCCUAUAAAAUAUUAUUUACGAUUUUUUCAACGAAAAACGAGACAUGAAAAUGUGAAAUCCAAACAACGAAUGGCUUUGAAAUAAGACGCUUGAGCGAUUUUAAGCGCAUUUCCUACCCAACCAGAAGCCCAAGCUUGUUAAAAUAAUAUUAAGCAAACAUUGACAAAAUUUCACGAUCAAGUUUAAGGUAAACCAGCUGUACGUCCCCACCCACUUACAAACACAUUUCGCCAAAAUGUUACGUAACACGCCUUUCGGUGCCACGCCCACCUACAAAUUACUGCUGGGAUUUGGACUCUGCUCUCUUGGGGGCGCCAUGCUGUAUGCGUACUUCAAGACACGAAAUGACGAGGACGAAGCGGACUCAAAUGACAGGCAGCAGAUUUCAGGACAGGCCGAGGAACCGAAGCCCCAAAAAGAAGUGUGCCUCAAAAUCAUCGUGGACAACGAACACGUGCCCCUUAUAAUGGGACGCGGUGGUUCUAAUAUCAAAAUGAUUGAAGAAAAGACGCAGGCAAAGAUAAGAUUACGGGACAAAGACAGUGGUCACAAAUUCUGCGAUAUUAGCGGCGUUCCGGAUGCCGUGAAAGCUGCUAGAGUCCUGCUAAUCAAAGAGAUCGAGCGGGCACCUAUGGUUAAAGUGGAACUGCAAGUUCCUCAGAGACUGGCCAGUAAGUUGAAUGGCCGUGGUGGCGAGCUAAUCCAGGAGAUCCGGAGCAGUUCGCUGGCCAAGCUGAACAUUGAUCCAAAUGGCCGGAAUGGCAAGGCCAAGAUCACAAUUGUGGGCAAUCAGAAGCAGGUGAACAUAGCCCGGAAAAUGCUGGACGAUCAGAUAGAGGAGGAUGAAGAACUACUGCGAUCCAUGGAGGAAGUGGAGCAGCGUCGCGAACCCCGUCGAUCGCCCACCAACAGUAUUGCAUCCUCCAGCUUAUACUCCUCGCAGACCUCCUUGAGUUCUCACACUCAACCGAGGGACAAGUUAAUGGCCGCCAGGAGCGAAGGCAAGCCCAUGGAGGUAUACGUCUCAGCUGUGGCCUCACCCACAAAGUUCUGGGUGCAGCUGAUCGGCCCGCAGUCCAAGAAACUGGACAACAUGGUGCAGGAGAUGACCAGCUAUUAUAGUAGUGCCGAAAACAGGGCAAAACAUGUGCUUACUGCACCUUAUGUGGGUCAGAUUGUGGCCGCCGUCUUUAAAUUUGAUGAAAAGUGGUAUCGUGCUGAGAUCGUGGACAUUAUGCCGAACCAAUACAAUCCGAAAGAGCAGGUGAUUGAUCUGUAUUUUGUGGACUAUGGGGAUAGCGAGUACAUCUCUCCAGCGGAUAUUUGUGAGCUGCGUACUGAUUUCCUAACGCUCAGAUUCCAAGCUGUUGAGUGCUUCUUGGCCAAUGUUAAGUCCACCAUUCAAACUGAACCCAUAACUUGGCCGAAGUCCUCUAUCGCAAAGUUCGAGGAUCUGACAGAGGUGGCCCACUGGAGAAAGCUGAUUGCUCGGGUGGUGACAUACAAGGAGCGUCCAAAGGCCACAACUGCUGUGAAUUCCGCCGCCAAGGAGGGAACCCCUUUGCCCGGAGUGGAACUAUUUGAUCCUGCCGAUAACGCCGAACUGAAUAUUGCGGAUUUUAUGAUUACCCAGGGAUUUGCGUUGCCCCUGGACGAUUCGUACCCAGUGCGAUCGCGAUCAUCGACUCCCUCAAGUAACAGCGACUCGACAAUUGAAGAGCUCUGCGUCAGCAAUCCAGUGACUCCUCUCACGCCCCAUUCGCCCAUGUCGAUGUCCAUUGAUGUGGACAGCAUUACACAGGCGGAGGAUGAACAUCUCGCCCAGCAGCUGCAGCAUAUGCAGCACAAACUCAACGGAAACAAUAUAGAAACUAUUAAUCUGGAUAAAUUGACAGCGACAGACCUCGAAAAUGGGAAUAACAACAACGUGAGCACAAGAAAUGGUAGCACGCAUUAGGAAUUCACAUUGUUACUUGUUAUUCUCGCCUAAUUGUUAAUAAUACUAUGGCUGGAUGAGCAGCUCACUACUUGACGUGUACAUAAAAGUAUAGCUCAUAAGGAACAUAUUAUAUAAGUUCAAAAGAAAAUUGUUUAAUUUAUCGCCGUGACUGAUCGACAUAUCCUAGAUCCUAAAAGCUGACGAUGGACCGGCACAGAUCCUUAAUUGUUAAAAGCAAGCUUUGCCAUGUUACUUACUGUUAGCAAGAACAAAAAAACAUUUGUACAUCAACAAAAAAUACACAAAGACCACACAAAUUUUUAAAAAGAAA